AGGGUUUACAUAAGAAAGGAGCGAGCUUUAACUCUCAGGGUUUUAGCUUCGUCUCCCUUCUCUCAGAAAUGGCCUCUCUCAUGGCGAUUCGACGCGCUCGAACCCCAGCACCACUCUCUUCCAUCUUCAACAAGGUACGGCCUCUCCACCCUUCUCACUCAUUUCACUGCAACACCCUCCAAACCCUAACCAUUUCCAAAACCCUGAGCACCUUCGCCGUCCCAAACGAGUACCCAGGGCCUGCUCCACAGCAAACCCCACCCUCCGAUCAUAGAAAUCUAAACCCUAAUCAGUGGAGCCCACCAAACCAGGGUUACGGAAACCCUAACCAGUGGAAUUCACAGACCCAGCACCAUUAUCAGGGUCAGAAUCAGAGCUAUCCACAACGUGGGAACUCUAAUCAGUGGAAUCCUCAGGCUCAGGGUCAGGGCUAUCCUCAGCAGCAAAACCCUAAUCCAUUUCCUAACCAGAAUCAGAGCUACCCACAGCGUGGGAGCCCUAAUCAGUGGAGUCCUCAGCGUCAGAACCGUAACCCUAAUUUUGAGCAACCACCCAGAAGCCCAAAUCAGUGGAAUGAUCAGAAUCAGAAUCGAGGGUACCCCCAAUAUGGAAACCCUAGCCAGGUGAACCCUCCAAAUCCCAAUUUUCAGCAACCCAGAAACCCAAAUCAGUGGAACAAUCAGAAUCAGAACCGGGGAUACCCCCAAUCUGGAUAUCCUAAUCAGGGGGCUCCUCAGGCUCAGAGCCCUAACCAGUGGAACAACAAGAAUCAGGGGGUGAAUGAAGCCGCCGCGGUUGUUGUGCCACCUUCGAUUGAUGAUUUGAGGCGGUUAUGUGAAGAGGGGAAGGUUAAAGAAGCUCUUCAGUUGAUGGAUGAAGAGGGGGUUAAGGCUGAUGCUGAUUGCUUUCAUUAUCUGUUUAAGUUGUGUGGGGAUUCAAAGUCGUUUGAGAAUGCAAAGAAAGUUCAUGACUUCUUUUUGCAGUCGACAUAUAGGAGUAGUCGUGACUUGAGCCAUAAAGUGAUUGAAAUGUAUGGAAAGUGUGGAAGCAUGACUGAUGCACGGAGAGUGUUUGAUCACCUGGUGGAGAAGAACAUUGAUUCUUGGCAUUUGAUGAUCAACUGGUAUGCGGAUAAUGGGUUAGGAGAUGAUGCGUUGCAGAUGUUUGAGCUGAUGAGGGAGCAAGGGUUGAAGCCCAAUUCUGACACUUUCCUUGCAGUUUUUGCAGCUUGUGCUAGUGCAGAUGCUGUGGAAGAAGCAUUUUUACAUUUCGAUUCAAUGAAACAGGAGUACGGAUUUGAUCCAGAAGUGGAGCAUUAUUUGGGGAUUCUAGAUGUGCUUGGAAAAUGUGGUCAUCUGCAUGAAGCAGUUGAUUAUAUUGAGAAACUCCCAUUUGACCCUACAGUGCAAGUUUGGGAGGCAUUGUGGAAUUAUGCUCGGAUCCAUGGAGAUAUUGAUCUUGAAGAUCAUGCUGAGGAGUUAAUGAUUGCUCUUGAUCCGUCAAAGGCUAUUACUAAUAAGAUCCCAACUCCACCACCCAAAAAGCGUACUGCUAUUAGCAUGCUUGAUGGGAAAAACAGAAUCACUGAGUUCAAAAAUCCCACAUUGUACAAGGAUGAUGAAAAGUUAAAGGCUCUCAAUUCGAUGAGAGGAGGAGGUUAUGUUCCAGACACAAGAUAUGUUCUUCAUGACAUUGACCAGGAGGCAAAGGAGCAAGCCUUGCUCUAUCACAGUGAGCGUUUGGCAAUCGCAUAUGGUCUGAUUAGUACUCCGGCAAGGACACCGCUUAGGAUCAUCAAAAACCUUCGUGUUUGUGGUGACUGUCACAAUGCCAUUAAGAUCAUGUCUAAGAUUGUUGGAAGGGAAUUAAUUGUUAGGGACAAUAAACGUUUUCAUCAUUUCAAGGAUGGAAAAUGCUCUUGUGGGGAUUAUUGGUGAGUCAAAUGUCACCUCAAGACUUGUCUAAUUAGAUUUUCUUCCCAGUUGCAGAGUGGUGUGUAAAAAGUACCAACAAUGCUGAGCAAUAUACGGGAUACUCUGAAGAUAGAUGAGCAUUGAAGGUACUAAUUGGUAGGAGAUGAACUAUCCAGCUCUUGUUUUGACAUACAUAAUUGAGCUAUAUAUGUAAUGUCAGCUUGUUUUGACAUUGGAUCUGUUAUUUGUCAAAAUGCCAAAUCAUAUUUUCACAUCCUUUUUUGGCUUACA